AUGCUUUCAACACCUUCGCACGUUGCAUCAAAUCCAUCAAUACUCUACUAUCUUCUUUCGACUUAUCUUUCACCUACUUCAACUUCUUUACUUUCCGCGAACCUCCCUUUCGUUCUCAAGUCGAUCACACUUCAUCAAUUGCUCAAACAACCAUCUUCGCAUCCAUAUCUUCACAAAUGGAUCACAAGAAUAAAUUCUUUGACGCAAUCGAAGAUAGCAGAAGAACGGUUUGCUGGCGUGUGUUGUAUGAGACUUACAAUAGAGCAAGUGGACAGUGUUAUUGGAGAAUGGGGUGUUAAAUGGGCAGGAUGGUUAGUUGGCCUUUUAGUGCGACCCGAGUCAUCAACAACCUUGGAAACUGUUAUCUCAGCUUUAUCAGAACUAUUUGACAAAACAAUCGAUAAACCACAACUACAACGAGAAAUCACUGCACAAUUGAUCCCUAAAUUCAAUUCGUGUUUGAUAACUCUAUCGAGCAAUAAAAAAUUACUGAUACCAUCCUUUGCAGCUGAAUGUUUUGCCAGUGUGACUAUGGUUGGAGGGAGGGUCGGUUCAGCAGAGAGAUGGAGAGAGACCGUGGGAAGAGCAAUUGGAAGUGGAAACAACGUUUUGGAUAGGUUAUUGGAAAGUGUAGAUGAAGAAAAGGACGAAAAGAGGAAGGCGGUCCUUGUAUUUGAUAUGCCGACAGUGGAUGACGAUUAUGUUACCGGGUUUCCAGUUUUAAUCAGAAGAUUUGAGGCAUUUUGUGAAUGUAUUGUGAGUCUAUUAAGGAUUAAGGCAUCAGUACCCUUGAAAGUGCCUGUCAACCAGAUUAUUGAUCUUGCUGCAAGAGUUUACAGUGUCAACAGUAAUUCGAUUUUGGCUGAGAAUGCUGAUAAGAAUGAAUUCGCAAUGAUGAUGGCUGGACUACCUUCUCUGCAUCUUGCUACCAAUAAAUUGCUUUCAGGAUUGAUUCUUUGUGUAGGAGACAGUCUUUUAAAAUAUUUGAGGCUGCUUUCCCGAAUUUUCCCAAAUAUCUUGAAUCAGUACAAACACCAUGGCCUUCUCAAAAGCUCCACGUACAAUCUUCUCAAUCUGUGCUUACAAAAAUAUGGAAUGGGAUUUGGGAAUUUAAUUUCUUCACCCCUUUUGUCAGCAAUACUAUCGGAUAUAGACAAUACCCCAAAGGCAAAGGAGACAGUCGGUAGUAUGUCAACAAGCGCGAAGAAAGCAGGAAAAGAGAGGGAUGACGUUUCUACGUCAGAUUCUCUAGUAAACCCACCUAUAUUUAACAGUCAUUUUGAUGUAGACAUCAAACAUGCUGCAUUAAAAGUAUUUAAAACAUUCUUAAUAGUCAGCAAUCAGUCUCUGCCUGCAACCGCUCGUAGAACGGUCGAUAGUGUUAUACUCUCUCAGAUUUUAAAUCUGGGAUGCAUGGUUGACAAGAAGUCUGCAGGGUUUGACGAAAACAUAGAGUUGGCUUUGUACGAUUGUUUAUUGUCUUCUGUGAUAGCUCCGUCUGAUACUCAGGCCAACGUGAUGCCAAUGGCUUUGAAGGUGUUCCAGAAUGGAUUAAAUUCAAGAAUAAAUCAGGUUCAAGCAUUUUGCAUCCAAGCUCUAUCGAUUUGUGAUCUAAUGUAUCACUCCCGCCUUCCUCCACUUCAACACACAUAUAAUAUUCCCGCUUCAUCCUUUACACCGCUUCGUGAUGAUCAUCAAAAACAACCUGUUGUUGAAAAUGCGCAUACCAAGGAGCCUGACAGUAUGGUAAAAAGAGCUUUAUUAGAUACAGAUGAAGAAUUACCCGACAGUAUGGUGAAAAGAGAUUUAUUAGAUACAGAUGAAGAAUUACCUGACAGUAUGGUAAAAAGAGAUUUAUCAGAUACAGAUGAAGAGCUACCUGACAUUGUUUUAAGUUCGGACACUGGUGAGGAUGAUGGAUGA